AUGGCUUGUGUUGCAUUGACUUCUCUCAUGGCAACAAUUCAGCUUGAGUUCCUUCAACCCAACCACAGAGUGUCUGUUUUUGAUGAAAAGCCUUUGAAAUCUCUGUUUCAGAAGCUUUCUUCUUUGGAAGCCUUUCUGAAGAAGGAAUACAGCAACGGUGGCGCUCCAAACCGAGAUCUGCAAAUAAAAAUCAGAGAUUUUGCACUCAAAGCUGAAGAUGCCAUCGAAAUACAACUAACAAACAUCCUUCAAAAAGCUCAUGAAGGGGAACUCCAUCUCCAUCGAACCUUGCAAGAAGCAGCAAAGGAGGCAGAAGAGUUGUUGAAGAUUAUCAAUAACAGCAGUGAAGUUGAAGCAGACAACAUUGGAUCCUUGCAAUGCUCUCCACAGUUUGAGGAUAAAAUGUUUGGUCGUGACGGUUCCUUUAUAGCGAUAAAGUUUCAUUUAAGCCACCAAGAUCGGGCACGAAAUCGAAAAGUUGUCUCAAUUUUUGGAGCGCCAGGCGUUGGAAAGACUACUUUAUGUCAAAAACUGUAUUCAGAUGAAAAGGUUGUAUCAUGUUUUGACAUUAAAGUUUGGGUUACUAUUCCCCGAAGAUACAACGCCCAACAAUUACUGUGUCAUCUUCUUCAAUCAAUGAGCCCAACCCUCAAUGAAGACAUUGACAUGCUAAAAGAGCAACUGCACAAACACUUGAAAUGCAAGAGAUAUUUAAUUGUUUUGGAAGAUGUCCCUACCACUCUGGUUUGGGAUGAUAUCCAAUCAUGUUUUCCAGAUGACUCGAAUGCAAGCAGGAUAUUGCUAACCACUCUUUUCGGUGAUGUGGCUAAGUACGUUAGCAAACCUUCCUUUCACAUCUCUUUCCUAAAUCCCAGUGAAAGUUGGGAUCUAUUUUUCUACAGAUUUUCUGGCAAUCAGUAUAUGUAUAUGGCACCUAAGUUUAAAGAAAUUGCCAAGAGUCUCGUUGAGGAAUGCAAAGGAUUGCCGCGCUCGAUUGUUACCGUUGCAGACCGUCUAUCUAAAUGCGACUACACGGUGAAGGAAUGGAGAAAGAUUGAAAAAGAAUUGCUGUGA